AUGACCGACAGAAACACAGAAAGAGACGCAUUGCCGUCUUCAUCUGAUAUAAUCAAUAGCAUGUCCAAUCGACUCGCAUCACCUCCAGGUUCCCGAACCCCGCCCUCCCGGCCUAUAAAGAGUACACUGUCCUUCCCAGACACGAGCGGAAACCCCUCACAUCUCGGCAAUCUUUCAGACGCUGUGGACCCUGCAGCUCUUGCCAAUGCUCUUAGAGACUAUGAUGAAGCCGGUCGCCGACGCGAACGUACCCCAGGCGCAAGCCCAAGCCGUAAGAGACAGAGGGUUUAUGGAGAUAGAUUCAUUCCAAACCGCGAGGGACAAGAUCUCCAAGCUACCUAUAGCUUAUUAGGUGAGGACGGUUGUCCGUCUACACCAUCGCGAACAAAAAAGCGGACUCCUCAUGGGGAACUCCACUUUCAGCGAACCGAAGAGGCCAACCGGACAUAUUCCCGCGUCCUGCGAAGUGAGCUCUUUGGCGACUCUGUACCACAGCCCGAUCCAGAUGCAGACGCUUUCCUCAAUUUCAGUACAAAAGCCCAUGAUCCGACCCGCUCUCACACUCCUCCCCCUGCAUCUCUAACGCCUUCUACUCCUCACAAAAACAUUCUCAACUACUCAUCGCCUCGAGCUGGGUCUAGUCACCCCACUCCUACAAAAACCCCCCGAAGCCAACACGGACCGAAUCUGAAUCCGCGAUCUGAGCUCUACAGCCUCUCACCCAUCCAUUAUAACAGCCAGAGGAUUUUGGGAACUCCGCGAAAACAACCCCGUGUGGUGCAUAAAGUACCAUUUAAGGUUCUAGACGCUCCAGAUCUUCAAGAUGACUUUUAUUUGAAUCUGGUGGACUGGGGAAGCACAAAUAUACUAGGUGUAGGCUUGGCUAAUUCUGUCUACAUGUGGCACUCUCAGUCGGGCCAAGUCACGAGACUUUGUGAACUCAAGGACGACACUGUUACUAGCGUGAGCUGGAUCCAACGCGGAACACACAUUGCAAUUGGUACCGGCAAAGGACUAGUGCAAAUCUGGGACGCUGAGAGCUGUCGACGCCUACGAACCAUGAUUGGUCAUCAUAACCGAGUUGGUGCGCUUGCGUGGAAUGAACAUAUAUUGACAUCUGGAGGACGAGAUCGACUUAUUUUCCACCGGGAUGUGCGAUCACCCGAUCAGUACCUCCGUCGUUUGGCGGGCCACAAGCAAGAAGUAUGCGGCCUAAAAUGGAAUACAGAAGAUGGCCAACUCGCGUCUGGUGGAAACGAUAAUAAGCUUAUUGUUUGGGAUAAGCUGAAUGAGACGCCGUUACAUCGGUUUUCACAGCACACUGCGGCUGUCAAGGCAAUUGCCUGGUCACCACAUCAGCACAAUCUUUUAGCCUCCGGUGGUGGUACAGCAGAUCGUACAAUCAAAUUCUGGAAUACUGCCACUGGCCAAUUGAUUCGCGAAUUGGACACUGGAAGUCAAGUGUGCAACCUGGGGUGGUCCAAAAAUUCCGACGAGCUCAUCAGCACACACGGUUAUAGCCAGAACCAGAUAGUGAUUUGGAAGUAUCCGCGCAUGGAGCAGAUCGUGUCAUUGACCGGUCAUACCUUUCGUGUGCUUUAUCUGGCAAUCAGUCCAGAUGGCCAGACAAUCGUCACGGGUGCUGGUGACGAAACAUUGAGAUUCUGGAAGAUCUUUGACGUUCAGAAUCGUAACGAUUGGCGACGGGGCAGCCGACUUGCUGAACUGAGCACAAUACGAUAA